GUGUGACGUCAUUGGCUCCGCCCACACAGGUUUCUUCCUGUUUUCAUGAAGGGAAUGACAAACCUCGACAUGCAGGACGAUGAAGAGACAGACGUCAGGAGUCAGAGAAGAUGAUGGACUAAAGACUGAAGAAAGAACACAAUAUCAUCAUGUCCAGCAGAGAGAGCAGAGCUGUUGUUCAUGGUUCUGCUCGCAGGAGAAGACGGAGCAAAGAGAGAGACCCUCCCUACAUGAGUCAUGUGACUCCUCUGAGGAUUGUUCUUCUGGGGAAGAGCGUGUCAGAAAACAGUGAAGUGGGAAACUUCCUGUUGGGACGAGCAGCGUUUGACAGUGAAGCUCAUCCAGAUGUUGUAGAGAGACUCAGAGGAAGAUUGAAGGACAGACAUGUGAUGAUCAUCAACAGUCCUCAGCUGCUCCAGACAAACAUCUCAGAUGAUCAGAUCACACAGACAGUGAGAGAGUGUGUGUCUCUGUCUGCUCCAGGACCUCAUGUCUUCAUACUCGUACUGCAGUAUAAAGACUUCACUGAGGAGGACAUGACAAGAGUGAAAUAUGUGCUGGAGAAAUUCAGUGAAGAGGCAAUUAAACGCACUAUAGUGAUCACGACUGAUGAAGAGACUGAUGAAGGAGCAUCUGUGAAAACUAAUGAAUUAAUUCAUCAAUUCACUGCAGAGUGUGGAGGAGGACAUGUUCAGCUCGAUAAUGAAAUAAAGAGACUGAUCUCUGGAGUAUCUCAACAACUAGAGAAGAUACUCAGAGAAAACAAUGAAGAAUUUCUCACAUGUGAUUAUGAUGCAGAAGAAACACUGGUGGAUGAAGAUCUGAGCAGAUCUUGUGCUUCACUCAGAACAGAGGAAGAUCCUGAUGGAGGUGUCAGUGACACUAGACAACAGAAGCUGAACAUGUUCCUGUGUGGAAGUGAUGAAACACUGAAGAACUCUGUAUCAAAACUAAUAAGAGAGAAGAAACAUGUGGAUCUUCAUGGACAUCAGAUCAGUCUGGUGGAUCUUCCAGCUCUGUUCAACACUCGUCUCUCAGAGGAGGAAGUGAUGCGUCAGACUCUCCGCUGUGUGUCUCUCUGUCAUCCUGGAGUUCAUGUUUUCCUCCUCAUUAUUCCUGAUGCUCCUCUCAAUAAUGAAGACAAAGCAGAAAUGGAGGAGAUCCAGAGGAUCUUCAGCUCCAGAAUCAACAAACACAUGAUGAUCCUCAUAAUGCAGAGUUCAGAGCAUCAGACAGCAGAACUCAAUGAAGAAACACAGUCUGUCAUUGAGAGAUUUGGAGGUCGACAUCAUUUCUUUGGUCCCAACACACAAGUGUCCACAUUGAUGGAGAACAUUGAGAAGAUGCUGGAAGAAAACAGAGGAGAGUUUUUCUCCACAGAGACAUUUCUGGAGGCGCAGAUGAGAAAACUGAUGAAAUAUGAAGAGAUGAAGAAGAAAAUUAAUUCACUAGAAACACAUUUACUGACACAAGUUUCAGGUUCAAGAGAAAACACAGAUGAAGUGAGGAUUGUGCUGCUGGGAAAAACUGGAGUUGGGAAAAGUGCAACUGGAAACACAAUCUUAGGAAGAGACGCGUUUACAGCAAAAACAUCUCAUGAGUCAGUGACCAAAGAGAGUCGGAGUGAAACAUCUGAAAUCAACGGCCGACAUGUUACUGUGAUCGACACUCCAGGACUGUUUGAUACUGAACUGAGUAAUGAGGAGAUCCAGAGAGAAAUCAAACACUGCAUCUCCAUGAUCCUGCCUGGACCACAUGUGUUCAUCCUUGUGCUCAAUUUAGGACAACGAUUCACUCGAGAAGAAGCAACAUCAGUGAAGAUCAUCCAAGAGACGUUCGGUGAGAAAUCUUUAAUGUUCACCAUGGUGCUCUUCACCAGAGGAGAUGAUCUGAAGGACCAAACCAUUAAACAGUUUCUAGGAAAACCUGGAUCUCCUCUGAUGAAUCUGAUUGAAGCAUGUGGAAACAGAUUCCAUGUGUUCAAUAAUAAUCAGACUGGAGACCGAACACAGGUGUCUGAUCUACUGGAGAAGAUGGACAACAUGGUGACAGCGAACGGAGGGAGUUUCUACUCAUGUAAGAUGUUCAGAGAGAUGGAGAGAGAGAAACAAGAACAACAGAUGAAGAUCCUGAUGGACAGAGUCAGAGAAAGAGAAGAGGAGAUGAAGAAACUACAAGAAGAAAUCAGACAAGAACGAGAGACAUUUAAAAAUGAAAUUGAGCAACUGUGGCAAGAAAAAGAGAAAGUAAAAACAGAAAAGGAAAAAUGUCAAAUCAAAUACGACACAGAAAUAGAAAGACUGAAGAACAGAACAGACAAUGAGAGGAAGAAAAGUGAAGAAAGAGAAGAACAACAUAAAAAACAAAUAAAAGACAAAGAGAGAGAAAUACGAGAAGAGAUGAGACAAGAACGAGAGACAUCUAGGCAUGAAAUGGUGGAAUUAAUGCUAGAAAAAGAGAAAAUACAAAAAGAAAUAGAAAAACUUCAGAUCAAAUACGGCACAGAAACAGACAGACUGAUGAACAGAAUAGAGAACGAGAGGAAGAAAAGAGAAGAUGAGAUUAAUGAGAGAGAAGAAAGAUACAAAAUAUUAAUGAAAGAGAAAGAAGGUCUUCAUGAAGCAGAAGAAAACAAAAUGAAGAUGAUGAUGGAGAAACUGAACAAAGAAAGAGAAGAACUGAUGAAGAAACAUGAAGAAGAGAAAGAGAGAAUGAAGAUGACGAUGGAGGAAGAACGACAGAAUCAGGACAAAGAGAGAAAGAGAAAAGAAGAAGAACUCAAAAGAGAAAUAAGAAAAGAAGAGAAACAUCAGAGAGAGAUACGAGACGAGAUGAGACGAGAACGAGAGACUUUUAAACAUGAAAUAGAGGAAAUGAAGGAGGAAAAAGAGAAAGAUAAGGAAAAACUUCAGAUGGAAAUAGACAGACUGAUGAACAGAAUAGAGAGUGAAAGACAGAAUCAUGAAACAGAGAGAACGAAAAGAGAUGCGAUAGAAGAGCGAUAUAAAACACUACUGAAAGAGAAAGAAGAGAGUGAGGAAAAGAUUUGUGAGGAAAUCGAGAGAGAACGAGGGACAUUUAAAUAUGAAAUGGAGGAAAUGAGGCAAGAAAAGGAGAAAAUAAAAUCAGAAAAAGACCAUCUUCAGAUGGAAAUAGACAGAAUAGAGAAUAAAAAACAGAAUCAUGAAACUGAAAGAAAGAGAAGAGAAGAGGAGUUUAAUGAGAGAGAAGAACAAUAUCAAACAGAAAUGAAAAAGAAAGAAGAACUGAUGAAGAAACAUGAAGAAGAGAAAGAGAGAAUGAAGAUGAUGAUGGAGGAAGAACGACAGAAUAAUGACAAAGAGAGAAAGAGAAGAGAAGAAGAAUUCAGAAAGAAAGAAGAACAAUAUAAAAGAGAAAUGAAAGAAAAGGAGCAGAUACGAGAUGAAAUGAAGAGAGAGCAUGAGAUGUUACAAAAUGAAAUGGAGGAACUGAGGCGAGAAAAUGAGAAUGUGAAGAAAGAAAAAGAAAAUCUUCAGAUCAGAUACGACACAGAAACAGACAGACUGCUGAACAGAAUAGACAACGAGAGGAAGAAAAGAGAAGAAGAGUUUAAUGAGAGAGACGAACAAUAUAAAAAAGAAGUAAAAGAGAAAGAAGAACUGAUGAAGAAACAAGAAGAAGAGAAAGAGAGAAAUGAUGAAGAGAGAAAGAGAAGAGAAGAAGAAUUCAGAGAGUUGGAAGAAGGAUAUAAAACACUAAUGAAAGAAAAGGAAGAAAGUGAGGAAAAGAUGCGUGAGGAGAUGUCAAGAGAACGAGAGGAAUGGGAGAAACAGAAACUAGAGGAAAAGACAAGAGAAGAAGAGAAACAAAAACAGAUCAGCUCCAGUCCAGAUGAUCCAGUGAUCCAGAUUCUUCUGAUGGGCAGAAAGGGUUCUGGGAAAAGCUCAUCUGGAAACACUAUACUGGCAGAAAGAAGGUUUAAAAUUAAGAAACAUGAGUCUGAAGUGUGUGAGGCUAAAACACAGAUAGGAGAGAAGCAGGUGCAUGUGAUUGAUUGUCCAGAUCUCCUGGAUCCAGAUCUGAAUAAAGAGCAGCUGGAGAUGAUGAAAGAGCAGCUGGUCUCUCUAUGUUCAGCAGGUCUCAGUGCAGUUCUGCUCACCGUUCCUCUAGAGGAACCUGUGCAAUAUGAAGAAAAGAUCCUGUAUUUUAUUAAGUGUUUAUUUGGUCCUGAAGUUCAGAAGUACAUCAUGAUUCUGUUCACACAUGAGGAUGAUCUGGAGGAUCUGGAUGAGACCAUUGAUGAAUAUCUACAAGAUCAUGCAGAUCUCCAGCAGCUGGUGACUGAAUGUGGAGGAAAGUUUCACUGUUUCAAUAACAGGAGUAAAUAUGACGAUCAGAAACAAGAACUGCUGCAGAAGAUUGAAGGAAUGAUGAUGGAGAACAGAGGGAAAUUCAUCAUGGAACUAAUGAGAAGGAAUGACAGCAAAAAAGAUUGUAUAAAUUUUUCAGGAAAGUCUCCAGCUGAAGAUCCAGAUGAGCUUCUUAUUCCUGAAAGGAAAGAUCAGAUCAGGCUGCUUCUGCUGGGAAAAACUGGAUCUGGGAAAAGUGCCACUGGAAACACCAUCAUCGGCAGGAAAAGGUUUGAAUCCUCUAUCAGUUCAACCUCUCACACAAAACAGUGUCAGUCAGAAACUACAGUGAGAAUGGGUAAAGAGAUCACAGUGAUCGACACACCUGGACUUUAUGAUAAUGUACUCAGUGAGGAGGAGAUUAAAUCUGAAAUAGUGAAAUGCAUAACUUACUCAUCACCUGGACCACACGCUUUUCUUAUUGUGAUUAAAGUGGGUCGAUUCACUGAGGAGGAGAAAAAUACAAUAAAGGAGCUCAAAGAAGUGUUUGGAGAAGAGAUGGAAAAAUACACCAUGAUCAUCUUCACUCAUAAAGAUCAGUUAGAGAAAGAAAAUAAAACCAUUGAGCAGUUUCUACAGAAUGGUAAUGCAGAUCUUAAAGAACUUGUACAGAGUUGUGGAAACAGAUUCUUCUGUUUAGACAACAAGUCUGCCAGUUUCCCACAGUUUAGAGAUCUGAUCAGUAAAAUAGAGAAGAUGGUGGAAGAAAAUGGAGGGACACACUUCACCAAUGACAUGUUUAAGGAAACAGAGAAACACAUUCAGGAGAUUGCUAUAAAGGAGGCUAAGAGCAUCAGUCAUAUAAAGUUUCAACUUGCAGCUGGAGCUUCAAGGAAAAAAAGAGAGUGUGUGAUUCAGUGAAAAACCUCAUUAAACACCAAAGACUACUGACAAACUAAUUACGUCUCAGUCACUUCUAUUCAUUCACCUCAUGCUUUCAUAAAUACUUUGCUAAGCUAUUUCGGUGUUUGAUUC